CAAGCCACAUCAAACUCCCCGAGUCCAUCCCCUCUCCCCAAAGCACCCUCCACACCCUUCGAUGCUGUUCUUCUCGAAUUCCCCGCAGUCUCCCUCCCGCCCGCUGGCACGCUGCCAAUCAAACACCGUGUCACUCAUCACAUUCCAACUAAUGGCCCCCCAGUCUCGGCCAAACCCCGACGUCUCUCCCCAGAACGCCUGAAAAUCGCCCGCCAGGAGUUCGACCACAUGCUCGAGCUCGGAAUCAUCCGACCGUCGUCAAGCAAUUGGUCCUCUCCCUUACACAUGGUGCCCAAGAAAUCGGGAGACUGGCGCCCAUGUGGGGAUUAUCGGGCGCUUAACCAUGCCUCCGUCCCAGACAGAUAUCCCAUCCCACACAUACAGGAUUUCUCCAUUUCCCUCAACGGCACCAACAUCUUCUCCAAAAUCGACCUCAUCCGCGCCUACCACCAGAUACCAGUUGAGCCACAGGACGUCCCAAAAACAGCAGUAAUUACUCCGUUUGGUCUUUUCGAGUUCUUGCGCAUGCCAUUCGGCCUCCGCAAUGCUGCACAAACAUUCCAACGCUUCAUCGACCAGGUCCUGCAUGGGUUACCCUUCUGCUACGCUUACAUAGACGACCUCCUCGUUGCCAGUUCAUCCCCUGAAGAGCAUCAGCAGCAUCUUCGGCAAGUGUUCCAACGUCUCUCUGAACAUGGCAUCAUCAUUAACCCUUCCAAGUGCAGGUUCGGAGUGUCAGAGCUAGAGUUCCUUGGACACACUGUUAGCUCCCAGGGUAUCCGACCAUCCGACACAAAGGUUAAAGCCAUCACUGAUUUCCCCAUGCCAAUGUCGCUGCGGAAAUUACGGCCACUCAACAACCUGCUUGCCACGCCCCACGGAAAAGAUCGCACACUUGAGUGGACCGAGGCUGCUACAACCGCUUUCAUCAACAUCAAGGAGGCGCUCGCUACCGCCACCCUACUCACCCACCCCAAGCCAUUCGCGCCGACAUGUGUUAUGACUGAUGCCUCAGAUACAGCUGUGGGUGCAGUCCUGCUACAGCAGAUCGAUGACGACUGGCAACCGAUCGCAUACUUUUCAAAGAAGCUCCGACCAGCAGAAACACGUUACAGCACUUUUGAUCGCGAACUCCUAGCAAUAUACCUGGCAAUCAAGCACUUCAGACACUUUGUGGAAGGUCGUGAAUUUUACAUCGCCACCGACCACAAACCACUGACCUUUGCCCUCUCAACUGCCUCUGACAAGUACACGCCGCGUCGGAUACGCCACCUGGACUACAUUGCCCAAUUCUCAACCGAUAUCCGUCACGUUGCAGGGCACCACAAUGUGGUUGCCGAUGCCCUUUCCCGCAAUGCCGUGUGUUCCCUCAAUGCAACACAACCGCCAACUGUUGAUCUCCAGGUGUUGGCAAAGGCUCAGGAAACCGACCCAGAACUCGGGGCCCUGCAAAACUCCACGUCAACCUCUCUCCAGCUGCAAUCUCUUCCUCUCCCUGCUUCCUCAACCACCAUCGUCUGCGAUAUGAGUACAGGCACACCCCGCCCAUUUGUAUCCUCUCCACUUCGCCGCACUGUCUUCAACGCAUUACACUCCCUGUCUCAUCCCGGAGAACAAGCAACUCGCCAGCUUAUCGCUACACGAUUUGUUUGGCCAGGGAUGAGAAAAGACAUCCGAGCAUGGUCCCGAACUUGCCUACCCUGCCAGCGGUCCAAGAUUCAGCGCCACACAGUAACUCCAUUUUCCACCUUCAAAACCCCUGAUUCCAGAUUUGAUCAAAUACAUAUCGACAUUGUCGGCCCCCUUCCCCCUUCCCACGGACACCUCUACUUGCUCACGUGUAUCGACCGCUUCACUCGAUGGCCUGAGGCCUUCCCAAUGCCAGACAUGACUGCAGACACUGUAGCUCUAACGUUCACUUCCGGUUGGAUUGCACGUUUCGGAGUGCCAUCGACGAUCACCACCGACCGUGGUCGGCAAUUUGAGUCACGGCUAUGGUCCAAACUUCUCCAACUCCUCGGCUGCAAGCACCUCCGCACAACCGCCUACCACCCAAUCGCGAACGGGAUAAUUGAACGUUUUCACCGGCAACUUAAAUCCGCUCUCAAGGCCCACUCAUCCUCCUCACACUGGAUUGAGACCCUUCCGUUGGUCCUCCUAGGGAUCCGUACCGCCCUCAAGACCGACCUACAAUGUAGCGCUGCAGAGCUAGUGUAUGGGAGGACACUACGUCUACCAGGUGAAUUUUUCCUUCAAGACACCUCACCUGCUACUGGCGACAGUUCAACGUUACUUACUGCCCUCAAAACCGCAAUGCGCACACUGAGAGCUGUUCCACCCAGAGCGACGUCACAGCCAUACACAUAUGUCCACAAAGAUCUUUCGACUUGCACUCAUGUCUUUGUCCGCACAGACGCAGUCCGCAAACCUCUUCAAUCCCCCUAUGAAGGCCCCUUUAAAGUGCUAAAACGGGACUCCAAGUACUUUACACUGCAACUGAAUGGUCGCACUGACAAAGUUUCCCUGGAUCGUCUGAAGCCAGCUCAUGUGGACAGUUUACCCCAACCACAGCCCGCCACACCACCUCCUGCACCUUCUCUCACCUCCGCCAACACUACACCA